AUGUUGCAGCCUGCACAGGCCGCAGGUGUCGACAGCAACUUGCUAAAGCAGUUGCAGGCCAGGAUGACGAGCCUGCAGCUGUUUGCUGGCAAGCUUGAACUGAAUGCAAGUGACACAGCCGAGGCUGGCGCCAUUGUGCACAGCUUGGAAGGCCAUGCCGGGGGCUGGGUCAACAUGGACGCGUUGCAGCCCGUCGCCGGGCAUGGCCCGCCAGGCUUGGGGGCACCGGCGGCCAGCGCGGCGCCCAUAGCUUCCAAUGGAGGCAUCUUCGAGGACUUCGAGACAGUCUUUGACGAGCCGUCAGCAAAUCUUAGGGCCGCAAAGUCAAGGUCAAAGAAGAAAGAUGCCACGCGGGAGGACACUUUUUCUAACAGGUCCACAUCCAAGGCCCCAAGCGUGAUAAGCGUGCCAGAAUCGGAUCCAUUGCAGGAGGACCCCUUGUUCACCAACGACCCCUGGAGUGCUGGACCGGUUGGUUCAAGCCGAAGCACGGGCAAUGCUGGAGCCAAGAAGCGGCCAAGCCCGAACAACCUGUCGUUCAACAACUCGUCGCUGUUGGCUUCGGCAAUCUCAGCCCUUCCUCCUGGAAGAAUAGAGGUGCGGCAUGAGGCCAAGUCCCAAGCCUUCCGGGCAUCCAACGACCCGUGGGCUUCGUCCGACCCGUGGGGAGGCAGAUCCAACGGUGAUGCCAGGACGUCCAAGACGUCCCAGGACCCGUGGGCGUCUUCGGAUCCAUGGAGUCAACCAGGCGGUGCCGGGAGAAAAAGCGAUGCCCGGCCUGACAUGUACAAGUACCAAGCCCCGCGGGACUCCCGGGAAGACCCGUGGACGUCUGCAGACCCAUGGGGCGGGAAGUCUGGCAGCCAGCCCGAGAGCGACCCUUUGGCGGUUCACGACCCAUGGUCAGCGGGCAAGGUGAGCGACCCCUUGGCGGUUCAUGACCCAUGGGCCAAGGGCGAGAGCUCGAGGGAGACGCAGCCACGCCAGCCGCUCCAGGAGAGCCGAAGACCAGAAGUCCUCCAGCAGGAGGUCGAUUCCCCAGGUCCCAAGGUGCGGCAGGCUUACCAGUCUGGAAGGGGUGGAGAGAAGCCUGCCCUCCACCAGCGGAGCAUUGACAUGCUCAAUGAGUUCAUUUGGCGCACUCACUCUGGCGAGCGGAGUGCUGAAGAGCAAAAACUUGUGGUGUAUGAUAUCCUUCGGCGCGUGGAGGCGGCUGUGAAGAAGUCAGGGCUGAGUGGCGCUGUGGCCCCCUUCGGCUCCUAUGCCACCGGAUUCAAGGGCAGCACCUCCGACGUGGAUCUGGCGUACACUGGAGAGGUUGGGGAUGGUGGACAAGCUGCCCAAGUCAGCGCACUGGCGGGCGUCGUUCGCCACCUGUCGGCCGCCGGCUUCCAGGAUAUCACGAAGGUAUUUUCGUCGAGCAUCCCGCUCAUCAAGUUCUUCGAUCCCGACAGCGGCCUAGAGGUUGACUUCCUCAUCCGGAACGAAUUGGGCAUCCGAAAUUCUUUGCUGCUGGACACCUAUUGCCAGUGCGAUCCUCGCGUGUCAGUGUUGGGCAAGCUAGUGAAGGAUUGGGCAAAGCGCCACGAGCUGGUAGGAAGUCCUGAUGGCUGCCUAAACAGCUACGCGUACAUGCUGAUGACGAUCCAUUUCCUCCAGCAUCUUCACCCGCAAGUCAUUCCCAAUCUUCAGGCUUUGCCCUCCGAGUCCCAUCAAGUGAAGGACUGGAAGUGGGGCAACGUGCCCAAUGUUUGGGAGACCAAGUUUUUCAAGGAGGUCGUGGAGCUGCAACCGUCGGACAACAGGAUGAGUAUUGCGGAGUUGCUUUUCGGCUUCCUGCACUUCUUCGGUCGAGAGUUCAACUGGUCCAAGCAUGCCGUGUGCAUCCGACUGAAUUCGCCUGGCGCGGUGGUCGAGAAAUCCCAGCUCUGCAAGACGGCGGAUCCGGAACAAUGGUACAUCGAGGACCCCUUUGACCUCAAGCACAACCUGGCUGGCCGCUGCAGCGCGGCAGGGAGGCGACGCAUCCUCAGCGCGAUGCAUAAGGCGACCACGAAAUUGUACUCAGCAAAGCUGGUGGAGGUGUGCGGCCCGCCAGCGCUGGAGGGAUACUUCCUGAAGUGCAAAGUGACCGCCGCGAUCGAGGCAGAGGAGCUUCUGAAACCAUUCGAAGGCACUGACCUGAGGAGGCUUCACAUGCCCGUGCUGCAGAACGCACGGACGGGGCAGGCCUUCCUGGAGUUUGCCACUGCUCCAGGGCGGCGACGUGCGCACUCCAGGAAUGAGAGCUACGUCCAAGACUUGCAGCUGAGCUUGAUCCAGAGCAGCAAAUUUGCACUGGACGAAGCUAUGGAGGAGAGCUCACGUACCAGAUCCACGACGUGUUUCAAGCGCCAAUCCCGGAGAUGCAGAUGGAUGUGUCGCAGAUGUCGCAGAUCAACUGGCAAUGAAGCUCCGCAAGGAGCUGUGCCUGCCCAGUUUGAAUCGAUCAGAUCGCCAUGUUUUAUUUAG